AUGUCCUCCCGCUCCACCACCACCCCAACGACCGGCUCCGCUCCGGCUCCCGUCCCCUUCGCCAGCAGCAUCCAGUAUCCCCUCACACUCGACGGCACGCGCCUCUACCUCCGCGACGUGCAAGCCCUCGUCGUCUACCUCUGGCCGCCCCUCCCACCCGCCCACACCGCCGGCCCGACCAUCAUGCGCUUCAUCCAUCUCAUCACCACCGGCACCGGCACCGCCGAACCCUCUCCUCCCCCCUUCAAGGACGACGACGACGACAACAACAACAACAACACCGCCACCUCCACCCCCCUAACCACCGGCACCGCCCGCCUCGCCCGCCGCCCCCGCGACCGCUUCUACGUCCUCGCCCUCGGCCACUUCCCCACGCUCCGCCGGCUCCUCCUCGGCGCCAGCAUCGAAUCGUCCGGCCGCAACGCGAACCCCGCCCCCGCCGCCGACGGACCUGCAGGAGAAGCUGCUGCGCAUCUUCCAGCGGUACCGGCUCGAGAUGGGCGGGUACAAGCACACGCCGCUGGUCAUGGACAUGCUGGAACGGGGACACGAGUCGGCGGAGCAGCUGAAGAAGAAGAGGGAGGAGGUGACGGAUUGGCUGGUGGCGGCGAUUGA